UUUUCUAUCACUUCAAGCUCAAACAACUGAUUCUGUUCUGAACCCAAAGAAAAUACUAGGAAGAAGGAAUUUCUCUAUCUUUUUUCCUUUCAUUCUCUUUAAAAACUGAAAAAUGGCCGGAAUCGUUGUAGUUUUUGACUUCGACAAGACGAUUAUUGAUUUGGACAGCGAUAAUUGGGUGGUGGAUGAGUUAGGUGCUACUAAUUUGUUCAAUCAACUUCUCCCUACCAUGCCCUGGAAUUCUGUCAUGGACAAGAUGAUGAAGGAGCUCCAUGCACAAGGCAAAACUAUUGCGGACAUUGAAGAAGUGCUUAAACGGGCACCUAUAAUUCCCCGUGUGGUACCAGCCAUUAAAGCGGCUCAUGCUUUAGGGUGUGAAUUGAGGGUAGUAAGCGAUGCGAAUAUCUUCUAUAUUGAGACAAUAUUGAAGCAUUUGGGAAUAAUGGAUUGCUUCUCGGAGAUUAAUUCAAAUCCAGGAUAUGUUGAUGAGGAAGGAAAACUUAGAAUCCAACCUUACCAUGAUUUUCACACUUCCUCUCAUGGCUGCAGUCUUUGUCCUCCCAACAUGUGCAAGGGCCUCAUUAUAGAAAGAAUACAAGCUUCUCUGGCUAUGGAAGGGAAGAAAAGAAUGAUUUAUCUUGGUGACGGAGCAGGUGAUUUUUGUCCCAGCUUGAAACUCAAAAAGGAAGAUUUUGUAAUGCCAAGGAAAGAUUUUCCAGUCUGGAAAUUAAUAAAUGAAAAUCGCGAACUCGUAAGAGCAGAGAUCCAUGGGUGGAAGGAUGGAGAAGAAUAUGAACAUAUUCUGCUUCAGAUAAUCAAAACAUUAACAAUGGAGGAGAACCAAUUGUUAUCAGUUGAUUGCAAGUUUCAGACAAUUCCCAUUGAGGCCUUACCAAAAGUUGUCCCUGUGCCUUACUAAUAUUGAAGCUUUUGAUGACUUGCUUUUGAUGUCAAUAAAUUAAAGGAUAGUAAUGUGUGUGAUUUUGAGUGUUGAUUGAAAUAUCAAGAAAGUGAUCAACUGACAGCUAACUGAUAAAGAGUUGGCUUUGAUUAAUUACCUGUUCUUUACGGUUUUUGUUGAAUCAGAACACCUAAAAAGUUCUCUAGUUUUGAGCCUGUGAUUCGGGCUCUAUAUAAUAUAUUAAUAUGGUGUAACAAUAAUAACUACUUGUAUCAUCUUCCUUACUUUUUAAUGUUACCGGAUCACGUUAGGGUUUUA